UCCACAGAUUUCAGCAUCCUGAGUAGCUAGAAUUGCAGGCGUGAGUCACCAGCACUUGGCUACAGGUGAAUUUCUUAGUGUAUAGAUUACACCUUCAAAAACAAGGCCCUUCCAAAGCCCACUUGUUGAAAUGUUAAAAUAUGUAGAGUUGAGAAUGGGCCAUAAGCCUGAGCCUAUAGCCAGCUCCUACCCAGAAUGUUUGUCCUGGGAUCCCAGGGGGAGAGCAGGAGUGGUGCUGCCUGUAGCUCCAGCCCUUAGCACAACUCUGUCCUGGAAGCUUCUUCCUAGGACUAAGCAAACUUCCAACUGGAAGUGCCCUGGAGGGGAUUUGGGCUUCUGCUGAAGGGGCAUCCUUGGGCUAUGUGUAGAUGCAGGGGUGGUUCAGAGGAUGCCUAGUGGUGCUGAGAUAUCCAUGCAGUGGCUUCUCCCUGAAAGUCCAUCCUGGGCGAGGCAGUGGCUUGGGCUGCAUGUGCCCUGCCCUGGUUCUCCUGUGGACUUCCUAAGGUCUCUGUUUCCCUGAUGACAGGUACUGAGUCCUGGAGUCCUCAUGAGGCUAAGCCUACACCUGCAGAGACAGCCAGGACGACAACGUCCUGCGUAUCAGUGUAGGUGCCGCCCACUAGACCUCCACUGCUGGUAUUGCUGCUGAGGCUCUGGGAACAGCUAGGAGGCCCUAUCUGUUGUAUGACCUGGGGAGAGGGCACAGUGGGGAGGCAUUUACUUGGCUCACCUGUGGUGCAUGGAUUGCAGGGGGGAGGUUGGGGUGUCCCUGGACAACUUGAGGUCCAUUAGUGUGUUAGAUCACCUGUGUUGGGUACCUACCUUUCACCAGAUCUCAUGAAACUUACACCUAGGAUUGAAGAGCCACAUCCUUCUGGGGAUGACCUGGAGACUUGCCCCCUCCCUUCUUCCCACCCCCCCAACCAGAGUAAUAGUCUCAGACUAGAUGUGGAGUCCUUCCUUCAAGACUGGCAUCAUUCCGUUCUUAAGUGAAACUGAAAGAGAUGACAUCAGCUUUCUCCCCAAAAGCGGCUGCAUUUCGAAAGUGACGUGUGUCAGUAAAAGGCCAGUUAACAUUUCCUGGGAGUCUCCCACCCCUGUCAGGUCAAAGGCCAUUGACUAACUAGGCUAAGCCCAGAGUGUGUAGCAGGCAACAAACUAUGGAACUGACUCACCACCCUGGGGUGGGGCCGCCAGGCGGGGCUGCACUGGGUGCUGCCGGGUCAGGGAGAAAGUCCAUGUGCAGAGCUGUGGCUCAGGCACAGGGAGUCCCUGGCUAGCUUCCUAGUGUCAUCUGUCCAGCCUGGAGCCAGAAAACUCUCCCUCUGCAUGGCAGGACAUGAUGCCGCGCCCACUGACACACAAGGAAAAACCCAGAUAGCUGUCCCCGUGGCCUCAGUCUGUGGAACCCCCACCUGCCACCUGAUGCUCGCAGUGGGACCUGCCAUGGAUGGGGAGUGUCCUCAGCAUGAACUCCCGCCAGCGGGUAGCAUCCCACUGCAGAAUGCCCUGCUGCACUGUCCAUGGUGGGGCAGUUUCUCUCAGGCGCCAUAUCCAGCCUUCUCCAGCGAGAGCCCUCAGUUCAUGAACUCCACGUUCCUCAACGGCCAUCCUUGCCCAGACACCAGCUAUGCUUCUGUAGCCACUGCCUCCAGCUUCCUGCCAAAGAGUGGUGACUUCCCUCAGGACUCCUCAUACCUCGAGGACCUCUCCAAUGCCUCCAUCUUCUCCUCAUCCGUGGACUCCCUGUCUGAUAUCGUGGACACACCCGACUUCCUGCCAGCAGACAGCCUCAGCCAAGUGCCCACCAUCUGGGAUGUCAGCACUGCCCCAGCCACCAAUGAGAAGCUGUUCCUGCCCAGUGUGCCAUUUCCAAGCCUCAAGGAACCCGUGACCUCCCUCCCCAGCACUCCGCUUCUUGUCAGCUAUCAGUCAGGGAACCCACCAGAGGAGGAGGAAGAGGCCGAGGAGGAGGAGGAGACUGAGGAGCUGGGCCAUGCAGAGACCUACGCUGACUAUGUGCCAUCCAAAUCCAAGAUCGGUAAGCAGCACCCAGACCGUGUAGUGGAGACCAGCACGCUGUCCAGCGUCCCACCACCCGACAUCACCUACACCUUGGCACUGCCCACCCCUGACAGUGGGGCCCUGUCUGCCCUGCAGCUGGAGGCCAUAACCUAUGCAUGCCAGCAACAUGAGGUCGUGCUGCCUAAUGGGCAGCGCGCUGGCUUCCUCAUCGGGGACGGAGCUGGUGUGGGCAAGGGCCGCACGGUGGCUGGCAUCAUCAUGGAGAACUACCUGUGUGGCAGGAAGAAGGCCUUGUGGUUCAGUGUCUCAAAUGACCUCAAGUACGAUGCAGAGCGCGACCUACGAGACAUAGAGGCCCCAGGCAUCGCUGUGCAUGCACUGAACAAGAUCAAGUACGGUGACAACACUACCUCAGAGGGCGUCCUCUUCGCUACCUACUCUGCCCUGAUCGGGGAGAGCCAGGCAGGUGGGCAGCACCGCACCCGCUUGCGGCAGAUCCUCCAGUGGUGCGGGGAGGCCUUCGAUGGCGUUAUCGUGUUUGACGAGUGCCACAAAGCCAAGAAUGCCAGCUCUACCAAGAUGGGCAAGGCUGUCCUGGACCUGCAGAACAAGCUGCCCCUGGCCAGGGUGGUCUACGCCAGCGCCACAGGUGCCUCUGAGCCACGGAACAUGAUCUAUAUGAGCCGCCUGGGCAUCUGGGGUGAGGGCACACCCUUCCGCACCUUCGAGGAGUUCCUGCAUGCCAUUGAGAAGAGGGGUGUGGGUGCCAUGGAGAUUGUGGCCAUGGAUAUGAAGGUCAGCGGGAUGUACAUAGCACGUCAGCUCAGCUUCUCUGGAGUCACCUUCCGCAUUGAGGAAAUCCCACUGCCCCCUGCCUUUGAACACGUCUACAACCGAGCAGCCCUGCUGUGGGCAGAGGCGCUGGGUGUGUUCCAGCAGGCAGCGGACUGGAUCGGCCUGGAGUCACGCAAGUCCCUCUGGGGCCAGUUCUGGUCAGCCCACCAGCGCUUCUUCAAGUACCUAUGCAUCGCUGCCAAGGUGCGCCGGCUGGUGGAGCUAGCCCGCGAAGAACUGGCCCGUGACAAGUGCGUGGUCAUCGGGCUGCAGUCCACGGGUGAAGCACGGACCCGGGAGGUGUUGGAUGAAAACGAGGGGCGGCUCGACUGCUUUGUCUCUGCUGCUGAAGGCGUCUUCCUGUCCCUGAUCCAGAAGCACUUUCCUUCCACCAGAAGGAAGCGGGACCGAGGAGGGGGCAGUAAGAGGAAACGGCGGCUGCGGGGCCGCGGUGCCAAGGUCCCCAAGCUGGCAUUGGAGGCAGGCGUGAUCCGCAUCAGUGAUGACAGCAGCACUGAGUCGGACCCUGGCCUGGACAGUGACUUCAACUCCUCCCCAGAGUCCCUGGUGGAUGAUGAUGUGGUCAUUGUGGAUGCCACUGGGCUCCCUGUGGAUGACCGAGGUCCUCUCUGCCCUCCUCAGAGGGACCCACAUGGCCCCGGUGUCCUGGAGCGUGUGGAGAGGCUGAAGCAGGACCUGCUGGCCAAGGUGCGUGCACUGGGCCGGGAGCUUCCCGUCAACACUCUGGACGAGCUCAUCGACCAGCUUGGAGGCCCCGAGUGUGUGGCUGAGAUGACUGGCAGGAAAGGCCGUGUCGUGUCCAGACCUGAUGGGACAGUGGCCUUCGAGUCACGGGCAGAACAGGGACUGUCCAUCGAUCAUGUGAACCUCAGGGAGAAACAGCGCUUCAUGAGUGGGGAGAAGCUCGUGGCUAUCAUCUCCGAGGCCUCCAGCUCAGGUGUCUCCCUCCAAGCUGACCGUCGAGUCAAGAACCAGCGGCGGCGUGUCCACAUGACCCUCGAGUUGCCCUGGAGUGCUGACCGUGCCAUCCAGCAAUUUGGCCGCACCCACCGGUCCAACCAGGUCUCAGCACCUGAGUAUGUCUUCCUCAUCUCGGAGCUGGCAGGGGAGCGCCGGUUCGCCUCCAUUGUAGCCAAGCGGCUUGAGAGUCUGGGUGCUCUGACCCACGGAGACCGUCGUGCCACCGAGUCCCGAGACUUGAGCAAGUACAACUUUGAGAACAAGUAUGGCGCCCGGGCUCUCAGCAGCGUCCUUACCACCAUUCUGAGCCAAAUAGACAACAAGGUGCCUUUGCCCCAGGGCUACCCUGGAGGGGAUGCCGCUUUCUUCCGAGAUAUGAAGCAAGGCCUGCUGUCAGUCGGCAUUGGCGGGCGAGAGUCACGGUCUGGCUGCCUGGAUGUAGAGAAGGACUGCUCCAUCGCCAAGUUCCUGAACCGCAUCCUGGGGCUGGAGGUGCACAAGCAGAAUGCGCUCUUCCAGUACUUCUCAGACACCUUUGAUCACCUCAUCGAGGCGGACAAGAAGGAGGGCAGAUACGACAUGGGCAUCCUGGACCUGGCUCCUGGCAUCGAUGAGAUCUAUGAGGAGAGCCAGCAGGUGUUCCUGGCCCCUGGGCACCCACAGGACGGGCAGGUGGUCUUCUACAAGAUCAGCGUGGACCGAGGCUUGAAGUGGGAGGAGGCAUUCACCAAGUCACUGGAGCUCGUGGGCCCCUACGACGGCUUCUACCUCUCCUAUAAGGUCCGGGGCAACAAGCCCAGCUGUCUCCUUGCAGAGCAGAACCGAGGCAAGCACUUCACUGUGUACAAGCCCAACGUAGGCCGGCAGAACCACCUAGAAACCCUGGACAGCCUAUGCCGCAGGUUCCACCGGGUCACUGCCGAGGAGGCCAGGGAGCACUGGGAAAGCAACUACACCUACUCGCUGACACACUGCAGCCACACUGCCUGGAACCAGCACUGCCGGCUGGUGCAGGAGGGCAAGGACUGCACGCAGGGCUUGCGCCUGCGGCACCACUACAUGCUGUGUGGGGCCCUGCUGCGCGUGUGGGGCCGCAUUGCGGCCGUGAUGGCGGACGUCAGCAGCAGCAGCUACCUGCAGAUCGUGCGGCUGAAGACCAAAGACAAGAAGAAGCAAGUGGGCAUCAAGAUCCCAGAGAGCUGCGUGCGCCGCGUGCUGCAGGAGCUGCGGCUGAUGGACGCCGACGUCAAGCGCCGGGGCCUGCCGGACCCCGGACUCCCGGCGCGGCCCCUCACCCCGCGCAUGCUGCCACUACCCUGCGACCCAGGCGAGGUUCUGGAUCUGACCUACAGUCCCCCGGCCUUGGAGGCCUUCCCGGCCCCGCUGCCCCGCUUCACCUUCCCGCCGCCGCCUCCCGAGUCCCGCGCCCUGCUGCAGCUGGGCGCGCCCGACCCCACUGCUGCCGACCCCGCCGCCUUGGCGCACCAGAGCUGCGACAUUAACUUCAGGGAGGUGUUGGAGGACAUGCUGCGCUCCCUCAACGCCGGGCCCUCGGAGCCCCCAGGCCCGCUGGUGGGUGCGGGGGGCGCAGGGGUCGGCGGCGGGGGCCCGGAGAGGCAGAGCGUCAUCCAGUUCAGCCCCCCGUUCCCCAACUCCUAGGCCGGUGUCCCCUCAACUGACCGUCAUGCGCCCCAUGGCGUAGCCUCUCCUGGUGUGGGAGGCCCUGCGACUACUGAGGGCGCCGCCUGCCCACAGUGCCUUCCCCGCCAGGCCGCGCGCACAGCGGUCUCAGGGCCCACUCAGGACGAAGCCUGGAAGCCGUGAGGCUGGUGGUCCCGAGCUGCAAACUCAGGAAACCCGGUGCUCAGGCCCCCCGCUGUCUCUGGGAGCUCCGCGGGGCAGCCCCCAUUAAUAUAUGCAAUCCCUCCCAUUCCCUAAAUUAUUGCCUGUCCACCCUUCACCACCCCCACCCCCAUGCCUAUAGUCCAUGGGUGGGCAGCCUUCUGGUUUCUACAUGUAUUUAUAAUGAGCUCUAAUGUAUAUAAUGUAAAAACAUUUUUUAAAUAUAUGUGUUUUUUGCCUAC